UCUUGCCGCCUUAGCAGAGAGACCCGCAGCGUUCGGGGAGCGCGAGCCCAGCCGUCGCCGCCGCCGCCGCCCUCCAGCCCGCGCCGCCUCAUCAGCACCCCCGGAGAUGUCGGCUUCUGCUGCUGCCGCUCCCCCCGCUGUUGGAGGAGAGGGGGGUGGCCCCCCUCCUCCACCCCCCAACCUCACUAGCAACAGAAGACUCCAACAAACACAAGCACAAGUGGAUGAGGUGGUGGAUAUCAUGCGGGUGAACGUGGACAAGGUCCUCGAGAGGGAUCAGAAGCUUUCGGAGCUGGACGACCGUGCUGACGCCCUGCAAGCUGGAGCAUCCCAGUUCGAAACCAGUGCCGCCAAGCUCAAGCGCAAGUACUGGUGGAAGAAUCUAAAGAUGAUGAUAAUUCUGGGGGUGAUAUGCACCAUUAUCUUGAUCAUUAUCAUUGUUUACUUCAGCACCUAGUGGAAUCUGUGGAGCCGUGUCCCACCCAGGAGCAGCGGCCGGGAGAGGCGCGAGGGGCACAACAUACCCCCUCCUCUAGAUCUCAGCCAUAUCUUCCAGCCCGACCCCCCCCUCACCCCUUACACUCUCCCCCCCUCCCCGUUCCCCCUGUGUGUGCGUGUGCGUGUGCAUUGCGUGUGGGUGUCCUGUAAAUAGCCUGAUUUGUUAUUUAUACAUAUAUAUAUAUAUAUUAUAAUAAUAAUUAUAUUUUGUCUGUUUGUAGAUUUACUACUAGACUUUCCAUGUGUCAUGGAAUCUCCCUCCUGACCAUCUUCCGCCAACCCCCCUAACUUCUCUCUCACACUCUUCUCGGAUGGUGUUUUUUCAAUGUCUUGAUUUUUAAUUACAAUCUUUGAGGACCAAUGAUUUCCCAAGUCCCUCUCCCGUCCCCUCUUAGUUGGGCUCAGAAAUUCCUCAACCCCUCUGGCCGUUGCAACCCUUCUAAAUUGUCGUUUUGGAUGCCUACAGUGAGUCCUGUUUGGCCGUUGGCUGUGGCUCCCUUGUGCUUUCUUCCUUCCUUUUACCUCAGAAAUUUCAGAACACUACAAUAGACUGUGGGAUACAGAGCACGAAAGUUUCCCACAGUUCUUUACUGCCUACCUGGGAUUUCUGUGCUCCAAGUGGCUUUUGAUUGGACCGUCCUGGUGGGUGCCGUGAAUUUCUUUGCCCGUUCCCAUCCUUCCCUCCCUCUGGAAAGAAAUAUUUACACCCUUUUGUGAUCUUCUGUAACAUUCCUGGAGUUGUGCCGUGUGCUGUGUCUUGACAAGUAAUCAACACUACACCUUAAGCCCCCUCUGAUUCCUUGGGGGGGGGGUCGGAGCAUGGGAACCCUGCCGUAGCCCUUCCCUUGGCCUCGCCCUGCUAAAAAGGACAAUACAGCUGAUUUUCCUGCCCUAAGUAUCCUGUCUGGAAACUGCCUCGUUUUCUUUGAAAUGUACAUUCCACACCUCUCCUGAAAAUGUGGAAGGAUCUUUGCCUGUGGUUCCCAGAAUAACUCUUGAUUCUUUCUCAUUAGCAAUCACUGCCUAUUAGUUGAGAAUUGGUAUGUAUGUGAGUGUGAAUGCAUGGGACAGAGGGAGGCUGCAAAGGGGAUUUAGUUCCUUUCAGGGAGUGCUGGGGAGAAUGUAUUGAAAGCAUAGCUGACAAGCAGUUUUGAUAGCAAAUAAUACAGGAAUUUAUUAUUAUUAUUUAAUUAUAAUCUGCCUUUCUCACUGAUCCAAGGCGGAUUACACAGAAUUUGGGGAAAGAUGGUAGCAAGGCUGUCAAAUCUACAGGGCUGGAAGAGGUCUUUUCUCUCCAGUCCUAUUUAGACUUAGCUCAGCGCCAAAUACCCUUUAUCUCUCCAAUCCUGCCUCUGGCCUGAAGCAAGGAACCGCUUGGAGUCUGCGCUCUUGACUUCUGAUUGGAACUGCAGCCAAAGGGUUCGUUACGGGGGUGCGUGUGUGUGCGUGUGGCUGGGAAAAAUGUGAGUUGGGAGAAGAGUUGUUGGAUUACUGGCUGGUUGGGAACCCCCCACCCACCCCACACUUUUCCAUCCUUGUCCCAGAUCAGCCAGUUCUGUUCUGCAAAUGUUACAAUGGUGAUUAUUGUGGCAAGUGGACACUCUCCAAUUCUCUGUCGAGCACAAACUGCCACCUUUCUUGGCCCAUUUAUAGCGUCAGUGACUUGUGACUUUUUUUAAUUUUUUGGUACCUCUUCCCUCCCGCUUCUUACCUUACCCCCCCCACCCCCUUUUCCCCCCAAGAAGAACCAGAUCAUCCCUUUCGACUCUCUCUGUGUACCGAUCGCUCUCUGUUGCCAAGGAAUUGCAGGAGGAAUGAGAAGGAGGUGUGACUUUUUGUGGCAAAGUGGCAUGGGAUGGCGGGCGCCCUUGCCAACUCGGAGGGAAGACUUGGCAUGGGGUGUCCCGCGGCAAAUACGUGUGAGUAUGGGGUGGGGGGGAAGGGAAGGAAGAGUGGAAGCAUGCGAACCUCCUAGCUGCCACUGUGGAGGGACAUGGGAGCCGGGAGGUUACAUGACCGAUACCUUGUCCUCCUCUGCCCCAUAGCCAAGAUUAAUGUUGGCAUAUUCUUCGGUGAGUGUGUGGGUUGUGAACUGCUGGGGGAGACGGUUGAAGGUGGGGGGGCGCAGUCAGUGGGGGAGAUAAACUCCUUUGGGUAGCUGGUAGCUAUGAUCGUGAAGGCCUUUGGCUCACCUUCUGUAUAUACUCUCAAGAAGAGAGAUUACACCUGUUACAGUAAAAUGGGUGUAUGCAUUUAAUUGAGGGGGAGGGGAGGGGAGGGGAAGAGAGCAGGAGCUGCAUUUCUUUAGCUGGACAGCAGGUGUCACUGCUGCUGUCCAGCUCUGUCCAGUUCCUGGAAGAAAGUCUCUGGCAAGACAUAAGAAACCCAAGAAGGGGUAGAAAUUUACCCCAGUGGGGGUGGGGGGGUGCAUUUAUGUGUCUCCAGAAAGCAGGUUUGCUAGAGCAGGGGAUGUGGGGUUAGGCUCCAUUGCUUUGCUGCCCACCCCUCCUCCUCCCUCUUCCUCAGCAGGCCUGGGUUAUUCAGGAAAGGGGUUGGAUCCAGUAUGGGCAGAACUGGGAGUGACUAUGCUGUGAAAAAAAAAUGAAAAUUUUAAAAAGUACAAUAAAUGUCCUGUGGAGAAC